UGAACUUAUUGUUUGAUUAAAUGUCAUUUUUAGUUAUUAAAGAAUGAAAAUUAAACGAAUUAUUAGGCUUGUGUAUUCUCAUUCUACCUCGAUUUGAGAUCUAAAAAUAGAAAGUUCGUUUUCACAUUAUUCUUAAAAACUUCACCAGAAUUUUGUAAAAGAUCGGUUUUUGUAAAAACCUUACAACAGUUAUGCAAAAAAUUAAGGUUUAUAAAUCAGUGCUGCGAACUUAGUUUGCCUUUGUGUUUGAAGAAACUCAUACGACCCAAGUUAUUGGGUUAAUAUGUGAUAACUUUUAGAUGAACGCUUUUAACUUCAUUUGAUUCAUCAUUUCUAACUUGUGGCGCAUUAAAUCUGAGCUUCUUGACGCAUUACUGAUAUAACUGAGUCGAUCUCUCUUCCUUCAGCUGAAAAUUUUAUAGUUGUGCUCCGCGUUGUCCCAAUCGUUGCCAUAUGUUAUUAGACUGACAGGCUUAAUUUUUGUGCAAUGACAUGUUUCCCAUGAUUGCAGCUUCAUGGUAAGAAAUGUUCUACAGGCUGUGAGGAUGGCAUAUUAAGACCCAAUAGAGAGAUUUCUGAUUACAUAUAAAUUCCCAGAAAUAGAACAUCUAUACCUAUUACAAACCAUUUUGCCAUAGGUUUGAUUUUAUUUGAUUUUUGAUUAUUUAUACAGGGUUAUACAUUCAGUAAUGAAAAGAUGAUAACUGAUUUACAAUGUGCCCUGUGGGGGGCCAAAAGAGUGGGGGGCCAAAAGAGGGGUUACCUAUUUAAUACCUAAAAGGGAGAUGUGCUACCUAUAAUUAGCAAGGAAAGUGGGGGGCAUGGCCCCCGGCCCCCGUGUGGCGCGGGCUCUGAUCGGAAAAAUUAGUUCCUCAUUCCGGGGAUUGUGCCUCCAUUCAUUACAGUUGAGAUUUGGGCACUUGGAAGGAGCGUGCGACAUACCCCCUUUCAUGUUCUUUUACAUCGAGCACAUUAUUCCUUGCUGGGUAGGAGUGUUUGACAAGGAGAAGAUUUGCUGGUUUUUUUAACAUUGCCAUGAAAACUUGACAUGAUCAACAUGACAAAAUGAUUGGUCAAAGGAUAUUGGUCAGGAAAUCAGUCAAUAGAAUUAAGCAUCUGCAGAUUGAUAAACCAAUACAAGCAGCUUGCCAAAGCUACAGACUCUUGGGAAAAUGUAAUCAAGCUGACACAGUGGAUCCUCCAUUUCUAUGGUCUCCAGCAAAUUGUGGCAAAGAGAGCAUUAACAAACUAUUGUGGCCAAGGAUUAGUAAUCAACCAUGGAAAGAAGUGGAUUACUUUUACAACUGGCAAUGUUCUGAAAGGAAGAAAUAUGACUCUUUACGAAGGCUUCUUGUGCUGGAUAAAGUGUGUAAUGAUGACACAUUAGAGAAGAGAUUUGACUUGUGUAGUACAGGAUUUAAAGCAGACGGUUUCCAUAGCAAUGUGCAAUUGGUUUUACCUGCUGUAACCUCUAAUAGUUAUAAUAUGAACAAAGUUGCUGGAAAUGCAGGUAGUAUCCUUGAAAAUUUUAAACAAAGUGGACCAUGCUGUUGUCUUCAAAGAACUGGCCAGGGGUUGAAAAGAACUUCUCCUCAUAACAGAAAGCAGAAACAUUUUAAAACUUUGAAUUUUGUGAAGACUGGAAAGGGGUGCUCAAAAGAAGGAAGAAAUUCAAAAGCUGCAAAGAAGUUGCCUAGAACAAAUGAAUUGGUAAUUGAAAGAAUUGUAGACAAUAUUACAGAAGAGUGGCCAAAACUCUUUUCAAGCAAGGUUCUGCUGGAUUCUUCAAUAACAUCAGAGAUGAUAUUCUUUGACAAUGCUGUUUUAGGAUUCAAGACAAGAGGCCAGAGACUUUACAAACUACAAGUCUGGUGCUUCAAAUGGGCAACAAAACUUCUAUGGUUCGAUAGGACGCUACAAGUUCUUCAAGUUACAAAAAGCUUUGAAGACAGCACAAUAAAGAUAAGAUGGCUUGUAAAUGGAAGACCAAGACUUCUUUACCUAAUGUACCUGUUUGGCAGAACACCUUCUCUUAGGUACAUGGACUUUUUCUCCAUUUUAAAAGUUGGUGAAAGUGAGAAAGUUGAUGUACAUCAUGUGUCUAAGUUGGUUCCGCGACAAACACCGCAAAAAAGAAAUAUCCUUUUAUCCAUUCUGCCGCUCCUUGGAUUAUCCCGGUCUGAUCUCCCCGAUUUCCAGGAAGAGCCUGUUUUACCAUCAACAACAGAUCCUGGCUCGUGAACUUAUUAAGUCACGGUAAAUAACCACAAAACAUCUUUUUUAAUAAGUAAGUGAAGAACAGUAUGAAAAAUAGCGAUAUUCAUAGAAUUUAACAUACAGUACUUCUGUAGGUUUGAAAUGCUUUAUUUGACCUCAUUUUGUCAUGUGUCAGUGAUGACAAGCAGCACACAAUCCUGGAUCAAGAUUUCUUAACAUUUGUUCAACAUUUUGAGUCAACGGAUAUGACUUACUAACGACGUAUAUUUUUAAGUUUCUGUAGUUAAAAUUCUUUGGUGACGUAAAAACUCAUAUGUAUUGUUCUUUCCACGUCUUAUGUAACAGUAAAGGAAAUGAUAAGAUUAGGCACGAAGCCAUGCUUCUUGGAUUCGAUUCCCAUUUGCCUGAAGCUGAUAUGCAUUUGUCAUUUCAAAAGCCCAAGAUUAUCAUUUUGAAGCUGACACUAGUAGAUAUAUGCAACAGUAAUGAUAAAAUGUUUGUAUAAAAAAAUCCGAUAACCAGGAGGAAGUUUCUUGCGAUACUGGGAAAAAUUUCCACAGCAGAACGUUUCCUCCCUAGCAUGCCAUUCUGAAAUAUAGGAUAUGCCAUUUCCGGAGAUAGGUUUUUGAUUGGAACUAAAUUCGUGGCUUUGUCUGGUUGCAUAACAUUUUUUCGAUAUUAUCAUUGAAAGCGAACAGAGUCUAGAAAACAUUACGGUUUCACGGCUGUGAGCUAAAGGAAGGUUGUCCAACCAUGCAGUAGUUUCGAGGCGUAGCUUGAAAACGCAUAGCUUGAAAACGCUAUAAAAGUGAGAGGAAUUUACCUCUGUGGUUGAACUUUUCUUUUUUCCCGACCUAAUGUAAAAACCAAGCCUUGGACGAUUUUGCUUGAAUUCUAUUUCCAUGAAACUUUCGUUCAAAAGAUACAAAAAAAAUUUGGUACACGGAAAGCCAAUAGUGCGAGAUUUCAUCCAAUAGAAGGCUGAGGUGUUUUCAGAAAUCUGAAUGCGCUUCCUAUACAGAAUGAACUGGAAAUGUAAUUCUAUUAGCAGAAUGCAACUGUAAAGUUUUUUGUACAAUCCAAUAUUAUUUAUGUUUUGUUAGAAAACCAAUUGCUAAUGAACCAAUUUGAACUGUUUUUAAUUUGUAUUAUUUGACUAGCUCGAUGGUUUACAGUCAAGGAGACAAGGAAUUUGAAAUUUAUUUUUCUAUUAAAGCUACCAUAUACGUAACACUUUAAUAAGAAAAAUGGAUCACAGCCUCUACUGUGGAUAACGAACGUCUAAUAAUGUCAUUGUGAUCUGAGGAAUACUUAUAUUUUUCUUGAUAUGGCCUAAAGCGUGUGUUGCCUUACGUGUGUCUGCAAUAUUUGUCUACGAAAAAUGAUUAUAUGUGUUGCAUAAAAUUUUAUUGGAUUCUGUAAUUUUCGUUACAUUAUUUUUGUGAUAUUGGUUUCAGUUGAAUCUAGAGAAUAAUUAUUUGACUUUAAUAGAUGCCUAUAUUUAGGAGUGUUGCAGAUUUAAUUUUCUGACCAUUAUCAUGAUGGAAAUAUCGUCUUUUUUUACUCAACUUAAAAACUGUAUUAUAGCAUCUGUUGUUGUUGUCUUUGCUGACGUAAAAUUCACAGUUUUUGUUAGCCUGAUAUCAGGCUCAGACGGAGCGGGAAAGGCUGGACGAAAACGAUAUUGAAAAAUAAAGAAAAGUAAAAAAUGGAAAAACAGCUCUGUUUAUUGGCAAUAUGAAGCAUUGAUUAUAGAGCUAAUUUUAGGAAGAAAUCUUAUUCUAAACGUAUCUAGUUAUUUCGAAAUUCUUCUUAAGAUCGGAAUGAUCAAGAUGUGACACAUUGUGUAGAAAUAUGGUGUUGGAAAGUCUGAUUGGCUUAACAAAAACCAAAAUAAAAAGAUCAUAAGUUGCUAGGUGUUGCCAAAUUGGAUAACAGCUGAAUAGACCUAACCAAUCAUUUAAUUGUGUGAGCUACUUUGUAUUGAUCAGCUUUCCAGUGGCUAGAUUUCUUUAAAAUAUCCAAAUGCAAAUAUUUGACUUCAGAUUUGGACUGAGUGACCAGAAUUUUGGUCUAGAUGUAUUGUUCGAUGAUGCAAGUAUUCGUUUUGUGAUAUUGCUUUGAUUGUUAGGAAUUUGAUCUUGGGGUGAAGAUGUCACCCUUAAAACGAUUUCCGCGGCCUAUCUUUUUAUAAUUUUUCAAGGAUUAACAAAUAUGCACAAAUGGGAUAAAUAAUUCCUUGAAAGGGUCAUGUAGUGACGUCUGGAGUGAUUUCCAAAAUAAGACAGUAAAUUAAAUUGGUGAAUAUUUCUUUUGAAAUCGCCAUAAAAUAACGAAGUAUGAUGUCGAAUAAUUAGCAACUCCUUGGUCUUUGUUUCAAUAUCAAAGCAUUUCUCCCUUACAGUAAAAAGUGAAAGCCAUUUUUCGUUUAAAAAGUCUUCACAUGUUUCAUAACGGUUUUUGUAAAGUUCAAAGACAAUAAACGCAUCUUAUUCCUUAACACAAUGAAUAUUUCUAGCAGUAUGCCUGACUAAUCA